AUGCUUUUUUAUUAUACCAAUGGCACUUUAAUUAGACUCCCGAGUAAGACGGACUUAGAAAAGAAAAUCGAACUUGCCAAGUUUUUCAGCCGAACCAGGAACUUAUUCAUAAGACUUGAGGCCCUUGUAAAGUGGGCGAAUAGCGCUUCGAAAGUUGACAAAUGCGAAGUAACCUAAGAUCCAGUUUACUUAUUUAGAUCUUGCAUAGAAAAUUUCCAACUUCUUAGACGAGCAGAGCUUCUUUUUGCUGAGCACUGCCAACAGUCUGUCUUCGCUCCUCCGUGACAAUCUUGUUGAGGCGAGGUAUGGUUUUUAAAUAAUUCAUGUGUAGGUUACCACCGUUCGCCGUGUUACAUGCUAUCGACAUUUUUGUGAACAAAACCUAUACUCGUCUUCCCAAGUGCAUUAAGGUAGCAGCGCAUAUCAUAAGUCAACAUUUUAGUCGCAAAUCGUCCCACCUGAACCUAUCUCCGACAGAGAAGUGA